GAUGCUGGUUUUCACAAUUUUGCACAACUUGUAGCUAGCACGAUAAUGGAGGAAUAGAAUUUCAUGGAGAAAUAAAAUAACUAAUUCAUCGGAGGCCGGAAAUUAAUACAAUUGGACAAUACGCAUAUAUAAACAUAAUCCGAGAGCAAAAAUGUGGCGGAAUCUAUGGAAACUAGCGCUUGGUACAGACAUUGCAGACGAUGAAUUUUUCGAACCAUUUUCGGCAAGCCUUGUGUACUUCUCGUUUGUAAUGGGCUUAGGGAUUAUUCUCCGGAUUCUCAAUAGAAUGUUUUCUCCGGAAGCUCUCAAAGAAUACAUUGCGGAUUUCCUUGCUACAAUGGAAAUGUGUGCCUACUUCUUUGAGAACAAUUUCAUUUUUAAGCAUUACGGCUCCGUAUGGCUGUUUAUCGCUGUUGUUAUUGAGUGUUUCAUCGCCAACAGGACAUAUUUUGGUGCGUCUGAAAAUCCAGUUAAAGCUUUUUACCAAUUCUGUAACUGCGAAAUAGGACUCACCACAGCCGUUCUAAAAAUAGCAGUGCAAACCCUAGCAGGUUUAGCCUCGUAUCGGUUGGCAAAAUUAGUUUGGUCCCUUGAUCUGGUUCCCGACCACAGAGAAAGAUUUUACGAACAAGAGUGCGCUUCUGACCUUAACGUGACCUUUGUUGUAGGCAUGUUGGUGGAGUUUGGUGCCACUCUAAUUGACACGUGGUUAGGGAUGCAAGUGUUGAUGAAAAAUUCAAUAGUGGAUGAAUUAAUAAAACUAAGCAAUGGAUCCCUAAUGAUUGUAAUGGGGAUUAACCUCACCGGAAUGUACUUUAACCCAGCUAUGGCCACCGGGCACCUGUUUGGCUGUAAGGGGACGGAGGCAUGGGAACACUUUGUGGUUUACUGGAUCGGGCCGUUCAUUGGCUGCUUCCUGGCCAUGGUUUUAGACCGGAUGUUACACAUCGACGCCACUGCCACACCGCUCGACCAAUCAAAAAAGAAAGAAUAAGAGGCGAUAUCUUUGUCCCGUGAUUUUUUAAAUAUAGAUUCCCAAGCAUUCCCUAUUGUAUUGUUAAAUAUGACUGAAAAUCAUCCUUUAUUUCAUGUUGAAAAUAUAUGUUAAUGUUUUCCCCAUAAAGGAUUGUUACAGAA